UAACCCCAACUAUAUAUCACGAGCAGAAGUUUAGCUUGAAAUUUCGUGAUCGCAUUCAUUAGCCAUGGACGUCGAAGAGUCGCCUUGGGCCGACUCAUCACAAGCUUCGCAACAGGCGUCGCAGCCUGAAGCCUCGGCCUCCGCUUCGCAAUCAUCCACCCCAGCUCCCGCUUCCUCAUCCGCCCCUCGUCCAUCGAGAGGGCCCCGUCGCCUGGUUGCUCAACCCACACGUCUCGAAGCUGUCGAUGAUCCUCUUGGUCCCCUGGGCGCCGUCCCCGAAGACAAUGGUUCCGCUCAGGAUGCCCCUCCGGUGCCUCCGCAAAAGGAGCAGAUGGUGAUUCGUACCAUAAUGUCUCAACCGCAGCAGCAACGAAGAGCUGCGGAUCCUAACCAUAUCGACGACGAGGAGAACGAUGGGCCAAAGGCUCCUCGCGCACCUCCACCUGUCGAAGCUGCGCAGCCAAGCGCUGUAAGGAGCAGCAAUCAGCCUAGCGUUAGCAUUGAGCAAGCUGCCAAGCCUACUUUCCAGAUCUACGUUGGCGAUCCUCACAAGGUUGGCGAUUUGACUAGUUCUCACAUCGUCUACUCUGUCAGGACCAAGACCACUUCCAAGGGAUACAAGCAACCCGAGUUCGAAGUCAAGCGCCGAUACCGCGAUUUCCUUUGGCUCUAUAAUACUCUGCACGGAAACAACCCUGGAAUAGUCGUCCCACCUCCCCCGGACAAACAGGCUGUUGGUCGCUUUGACAGCAACUUUGUUGAAAGCCGCCGAGCCGCACUUGAGAAAAUGCUCAACAAGACUGCGAUACACCCUACGCUACAACACGAUCCCGACCUGAAGCUCUUCUUGGAAAGUGAGACAUUUAAUGUGGAUAUUAAGCACAAGGAAAGGAGGGAUCCCAUUCCCACCGAGAGCAAGGGCGUGCUUGGAUCCUUGGGUAUCAACGUUGGAGGCGGUAACAAGUUUGUGGAGCAGGAUGACUGGUUCCAUGACCGCAAGGUCUACCUUGAUGCCCUCGAGAACCAGCUCAAGGGUCUACUCAAAGCAAUGGAGACCAUGGUUGGACAGCGCAAGAUGAUGGCCGAGGCAGCCGGUGACUUUUCGGCUUCCCUCCAUGCGCUUUCCACUGUGGAGUUGUCGCCAUCACUAUCAGGUCCUCUUGAUGCUCUGUCUGAGCUUCAGCUUACCAUUCGAGAUGUCUACGAUCGUCAGGCCCAGCAAGAUGUUCUGACAUUUGGAAUUAUCCUUGAAGAGUACAUCCGUCUCAUCGGUUCGGUCAAGAUGGCAUUCGGCCAGCGACAAAAAGCUUUCUAUUCAUGGCAUGCUGCUGAAUCAGAACUGCAGAAGAAGAAGGCUACUCAGGAUAAACUGUUGAGACAAGGAAAGAGUCAGCAAGACCGACUCAACCAGAUGAGUGCCGAAGUGGGCGAGUCAGAGCGCAAGGUGCACCAAGCCAGGCUCCUAUUCGAAGAUAUGGGACGAUUGAUGAGGAGCGAACUCGACCGAUUUGAGAAGGAGAAGGUGGAAGAUUUCAAGAGCGGAGUUGAGACAUUCCUCGAGAGUGCAGUUGAAGCACAAAAGGAGCUCAUCGAGAAGUGGGAAACCUUUUUGAUGCAACUAGACGCUGAGGACGACGAGUCAGUGUUUUAUAGACCUCCAGUAUACCAGCAGCAACAGCAAAAAGGGGGUGAUACUGCCGUCGACCGUGCUCGAGCAAGGAUAGACGAAGACUCGGAUUAGGUUCACGUGGAACAUCUGUUCGCAGCGCCAUACCACGGUUCUGUCCCUUGGGAAGGAGAUUGGGAAAGAUGAAAGGGUCAUAUUCACGCCCAUGGGUUGUUUGACUAUCGACCAAUUCCGAGAAUCGCGGGCGCGUGUUUUUAUAUCUUACAAGCCUCGGGGGCUGUCAACUGUUGUACAUAUCAAACCACCCCCAUCCACCUUUUGCUUCCAAUUCUCGGACCUUGCCAGUAGUAAUUUAUACAAGACACAUUUAUACCCUUUGAAGAAUCUGGGUGGAGAAUAGUGUUGCGGUGGUCGCCUCCUCUGUUCAAUUCCAUAUCAUUUGGUCUACUUUCUCUUCUUGGCCUGCUUCUUAGGACCUGAAUCUUUCAUAGUGUUGGCAUCUUGUGCAGGCGCAUAUCCAGUGAUAAGAUCCGCGUAACUUCCAUCCGCAUCCUCGGCAGCCUCAGCAGUCUCUCCACCCUCCUCAGCGCUAGAAGCAUCGUAGGCACGGCCGUAGCGCUCUCGGAAAGCGGCCAAUCUACCGGCCUCAUCGAGCUCGACAUUCUUGAGUGACUUCUCGGAUGGCUGCCACAGUAGUGUGUUGCGUGUGUCCUUGGCGGCGCGGUAGAUGGGUAGUGGUGAUGUGGUUCGCAUGGUGUAUGAGGAGCCGUCUGACAGUGUGACUAGCUGAGUGAAUGUGUAGGGUCGGCGAGGUCGGGGAAUAAAGGUUGCAUGACGGACUUGGCCGAGGGAGAAGCGGCUUGGUGAAUAUGAUGAUGUUGAGAGCGUUGUUCUGAUGGGCGACAGGGUCGCUGGUGAGACGGAGAAUUUGGCCAUUUUGAUAUGGAAGCGCUACUACGAGCGAGGCCGGAGAACACGAACUGACGACCUUGAUACGGGGUAUAGAACGAUUGACUGCCGUUUGGCUGAUGGUAAAGCUU